CAUUUCCUCUUUCCACCCACAACAUUCUCUUCCCGUUAUCACGCACACUGCUUCUCUGCAAGAACAGCUAAAACAAGUGUUGCAAUGGAGGGAACUGAGUCAACAGCAAGAGAGAGAUCAACAGCAAAGGAUGGGAACAAGGCAGCAGACGCAGACCAAGAGGUGCUGAUGUCCAGCAAACCGCUGCAUCGCUUCGUCCAAAGAGAGCCCAGAAAUGUUGGGAUUGCCAUUCUGAUCUUUGGCUGUGCCGAGGUCAUGAUGGGGUUUACGCUGUCCGGGGAGAGGGAUGUGUUAACUUCUUUUGGAAUCUUCAUAUCCUUCUGGCAGGGAACUCUGUUUCUUGUCUGUGGAAGCCUGUCUAUCUACACUGAGUUACGUCCAUCCAAGAAGAUGGUGACUGUGUGUUUGUCUAUGUAUGUGGUUUCCCUUCUUGGAAUCAUUGUCUCUUUUGGCUACAGGAUACACAUUCUCUCCUAUUUAACGUACCUUAACUUUGUGCGCUAUUGGAGGGAGUCUUUAAGCCUGCAGAGAAUACACCAGAUUUGUGCUAUUGAAGCCCUUUUGUUCACUUGCUCUCUGUUUGUGGCGGGUCUUCUCAUCUUCUUGUGUGUCAUCACACGUUUGGCUCUCAAAUCCACACGCACUCAGAUUAUUGUCCGGCACAUCUCGGCUCCACCGACCGACACGACUGCAACUUAAUCUCAUCCUUGUGAAGUAUUAUCCUACGAUAACUAACACUGGUUUUCCUGCAGCACACUAACUCCUGUACAGUAUAUCACAUGUGAAUGUUACACCCACUAGAGGCUCAUCUUUAAGCCCCAGCUUCUUCUCUUAGCACAGCACAUGUUACUGCAGUAGGAAAUGCAUUAUAACCACAUUUAUUUGCUUUUGUUAAAGCUUGUUUUGGAAUCUAAAAGAUUCCUGUCUUCUCAUGUGAGAAAAAUAUUUGACAUGCACUUAUUAAGGGAUUAAAGUAACCACUAUUAUCUGAAGGAAAGCCUAUAUGUAUUUACUGUACGGGUCAUACAGUAGUAAACUAAAGCUAAGGUACAUUACUUUGAAUUAAAGCCUUGAGGCAAACAGGGCUGAUACUGAUCACUGAUACAUACACCAAUAUGUAAAGUAUUGUAACAGUACUGUUAUUGUAAUUUAUAUAAAUAUAAAGAAUGAUAUCAAAAUACAUCAACAUAUGUGAUUAUUAUCUACAUUACCUGAAUUAUUUGUAAUGUGCAGAAAAUGAGCAUCGUUAUGAACUGCAGCUUUUGAUAAUCAUUGUGAACCUCUUUAUAUAUUUGAUAUACUGAGCUGCAAAUAUUUCUGCUUUGUGAUUUAGUUACAGCACAGCAGAUCCACCUGGGAUUGCCACUUUAGAGGAAUUACAGUAUGUUUGAAUACAUUUGGCUUUUUAUAUCCUCGGACACAAACAUCCAGCAUUAUUUUUUUAAGCUUAUGACUUAAAUAUUGUUCACCAUUUUCAUCUAUACGACUUUGAAACCUGUUGCCACUUUGGGCCUUUGAAUGUGUGAAAAACAAAUAUUUUUGAUUUAGUUUUAGCUUAUAUGUGUUGCACUAAAUGUAAUGUAUAUUGUCUUUGCUAAAUAAACAAUACAAUGAAAUGAU